GAGGAAAAUGAGCAACACUACGAGGGAAGCUGCACAAAGAGCCACAGAAGAAAUCAACCUGAGUACUCAUGCUGACAAUCUUACCUCUACUACGGUCGAUCCUGGUGCAACACCGAGGAGGAAAGGUUCCAAGGAUAUGCUUACCACUGUUUCGCACAAAAUGGAUGACGCGAGAGCUGAUCUCGUCGACAAAAAAGAAAGGGCUAAGAACUACAUAGCCAACAAGCUGUCUUAAUAGUUCCUGAUAUUCUGUCAUUAUUGGCCAUUACUGAUUUUCCAUUUGUAAAUACGUACAUUUGUCAAUAAAUUGUUUCACAA